CUUUAUCAAUGUAAAAUGUGAGAGAAACAGCACCUUUUUUAAAUGUAAAACAGAACUACUGAGUGUCUUAAAACAGUUGAAUUUCUGUAAUAACAUUUAAACAUUUAUCUUCCAGAUGUUCCAAAGCUCCCCUCUGUGUCAGUGAGUGCCUCUGCUGAGAUAGAGGAGGGCAGUUCAAUGACUCUGACCUGUAGCACUGAUGCUAACCCAACAGCUAACUACACCUGGUACAAGGAGAAUGGAAACUUUAUAUCUCUGAAUAAAGGACCACAGCUUGUCUUCAGCUCCAUCCAGUCCUCUGACUCUGCAGAGUAUUUCUGUACAGCUGAGAACGAGCUGGGGAGGAUAUCUAAAAACGUCUUUAUCAAUGUAAAAUACGCUCCAAAGCUCCCCUCUGUGUCAGUGAGUCCCUCUGCUGAGAUAGAGGAGGGCAGUUCAGUGACUCUGACCUGUAGCAGUGAUGCUAACCCAGCAGCUAAAUACACCUGGUACAAGAAGAAUGAAGACUCUCCAAAAGCUUCAGGACAGAUCUACAACAUCACUGACUUCAGAGCUGAACACAGUGGGAGUUAUUACUGUGGAGCCCAGAACAAGUUAGGACGUAGUAACUCCACCUUACAUCUGAGUGUUGUGGCAGAUACAUCCCCAAUGAUCGUGAACAUCACCAGGUUCUCUGUGGUGGUUCUGGGGCUGAUUCCUCUGCUCCUUGUCUGUCUCUGGAUGAGGAAGAAGAAGACUGUGAGCUCCACCUCUGAAGCGAAUGAACCCAUAGAGACUGUGGAGUUGGAGUCUGGUCCUGAUUAUACUAACCUCUCAGACCUAAACAUGGUCUCUGCAGAACAGGAUGAAGAACCAGAGGAGCAGGAGGACCUGGUCUGAAGAGGGAGACUGACCUGGAUGGAAACAGAAGGAAGUGAAACUUUGAAGAGGAAACAUUUACCUUCAAAUAUAAGAGUUUCAUUGUUAGUGGCAGGUAGGAGUCAGCAGUCACAGACAGCAGGAGAUUUACAGGCAUGAGUAGAUUGCAACUUGUUAUACUGUAAAUAUAAACACAUUUUACUAAAGUAAUGUGCAUGUGCUAACAUCCA